AUGUGUGUAUCAAUAACGGCUGAGCAGUACCAAAAUUUUACUGAAGAAGAGAAAGGUAAAUGGGUUUGUCCAGAAUGCCGGUGUAAUAUUCCGAAAGUAGACAACACCAAUACACCGAUUCGGGGAGUUUGCGUAAUGGACAAAUCGUUUUCACCGUCUUUUUAUGUGAACAAAGAACGAAGAGAUCGUCACAAUUACCGCGAAGUAUGUAAAGAUAGUAGGAUUAUAGAGGAGAUCCGAGAGUUCCGCAUGGAAAUGAUUUCUCGGCUCGACGAUCAAAUGAAGGAAUAUAAACGGCUAGAAAAAAGAUUUAUUAAUACCGAAACUGAGCUGCGGGAAUUAAAAAAUAUUAUGAAAGUAGUGCAGCAAAAAGCAAAUAAGGUGGAUGAGUUGGAGGAGCGUAUUAAAGUACUUACAGAAAUAAAUGAACGUUUGGAAACUACUUUAACAGUAAAAAAUACUACGAAGGAAAUAUUACAAACAAAUGUGGAGCAAUUAGUGUCAUUUGCUAAUAUAACGAAGCAGAAUAAAAAUAAGUUGUCGGUGACAGUGAAGUCCCUGGAAUCCAGGAUUUCGCAAGUUGAGGAAUACACCAAUUUGAUCCACAUUUUGGGUGCUGACCUUAAUAAGUUAAAAGAAGAUCUACAGGAUAAGGAACAAUGGGCGCGGGCCAAUAAUGUGGAAAUAAAAGGGACUCCAGUGAAAAAGUCCGAGAACUUAUACGAUAUUGUGGAUAAUAUCAGUAAAGUUAUCCAGUGCUCUAUAGGUAAAGAAGACAUCAAUUAUAUUGCCCGAGUCCCCAGCCUCAAAGCAGAGUCUCAAAAGUCCAUAAUCAUGGCGCUCAACAAUCGUUACUGCAAGGAAGAGUUUGUAGCAGCUGCGCGUAAACAUAAGGAACUCAAAGUUUCUCAACUGGGAUACGCCGAUGAAGGAUGGGAUGUCACAACUGAACAUAAUUACUGUAAAGAGCAAGAUGAUGAUUUCACAGAAGCUGUGGUUAGAAAGCCUGGAAGUGAUGUUAUGAUUGAACACAAUUACUACAAAGAGCAAAAUGAUUGUUCCAAAUCAUCGGUAGAGAUUGGAUCGUCAGAUGUUGCAAAUGCUCAUGAACAGCCUUCAUGUUCUAAUUUUUCAACUGUUGCAACAGUUGUAGAAAAUAAAGAUGCAUUCUUGGAGAAACCUCCAAGUGCAAGUGCCAAAGGCAUGGAAAUAGAUACAUACAAUACAGAGAAGCAUACAUUGAAUUGA